AUGGCAAAUAUGAAGGACAAGCAGUUACAUUUGAUUAUUAUUUCCGUUUUGUUAUUUCUUGCGUUUCUGUUCUCUGUCAUUGCGGUUGCAACUCCGGGUUGGCACAAUCUGUUUACGGUCUCGUUUCUGCAAGAGUAUGAACGAACAAAAGCAGGCAUCGUCGCACUGUGGGCAGUCGGAUGCAGCGUGCUUAUUCUGCUUGGAAUUAUCUGUCUUUGCAUUUCUGCCAUUAUCUUGCUAGCGCGUUUCUUUGGUCAAGGGCGGGGGAAAGCAAUUCUGGGCGGUGUUCUCUGCAUUUUUACAGGAUGCAUUUACGUAGUUGCGCUUGGUAUAUUUAUGGCGCAGUACAAACCAGGAACCGGAGUUUAUGGAUACAGCUUCGGUUUACUUUGGACGUCGGUUCCAAUUUGUUUUGCCGCUGGUGUUUUCUUUAUUUUGCUAAAGGAUGACGAGUUUUUGAAGUCCGAGUUGAAGUACAGCGCUGGAGAAGGAAGCAGAAUGACCGAUGCACAAUAA